CCUUUAUAUAUUUCUUUUCUUUUCCCCGUGACAGCAUUUAUUGGGUCGCCCAGGAAAUACCCGCAAACUUUGAGGAAUGCUGACCUUCUCGUCUACCCAACCCUUUUACGUCCGAAGCACGCUUUAGCUUCUGAAGGCAUUUCUUGCUUCGUCAUCAGAAGUUUGAGAUGCAGGGAGCGUAAUCGACUAUGGCUAUUUUCCAGCCGUCGGUCCACCCACCCACGCUGCGAGGGGUGCGGACCUCAUCAGGGCCGCGCCCAAUGCAAUAAGUAUACACUGUGAACCCUGAGCCAAUCUGCCGACUAAUAAUAUCACGUUAUUCCAUAGCGACAUCUGUUACUGCCUUUGCUAUUUCACUUUCUGCUUCUGCCCUGGGGCGAUCAUCACUGACACGGUUGCGAAGAUGAAGCAAUCAACACUUGCAUAUGCUCUGCUCUUGUCUGCUGCAGCCUGUCUCGUAGAGGGACAUCGCUCGUCUAGCUACAUGGAAUGGCCGAUCCCGAUCAGAGGCCAUCUGGAAGUGCGAUAUGCAUACGAUGAAAUCGACUACAAUAUGAUGGAACCUCUCGUCACACACAGCUCCGAUUUCCCUUGCAAAGGAUACCUCAAGGACAAGAAUAUAUACACUGGAGCGGUCCUGACAUCUGGCAUGCAAUACAAUAUGACCCUGAUCAAUUCAUCUCCGAAUCAUCGCGGGUCGUGCCAGUUCUCUUUGUCCUACGACAAUGGUACCAGCUUUCGAGUAAUCAAGUCAAUCAUGGGCGGCUGCGCCACUACGACGAAAAUGAACUUCACGGUGCCUUCAUUUGCUCCAGAAGGCACGGCGAUCUUCGCAUGGACAUGGAUCAACAGAGACCAGCUCCCAGAGUUUUACAUGAAUUGUGCACAAGUGGAAAUAAUGAGCCCCUACUCACUGCCGGAAUCGCCCAAAUCGAAAUUGCGGACAUCUUUUCGGAAACGAAGCUUCUAUGCGAGAGAUACAUUGUUGGAUGAGCCCACCUCAAUGGAGCAUCUCCCCGAAGUAUUCAUCGCAAACCUGGAAUCGGUCAAUAGCUGCAAAACGAAAGAGGGAGAGGCACUUGUGUAUCCUCAUCCCGGCCCAGAAGUCGAAUUCGGAGAUGGCGUGAGCCCAGACUCUAAGCCGACUGAGAACCUGUGCGAUGAUUCCAUCCCUCCGCCUCAGACGUUGCCGCAACCAAAUAAUGAUGUACGUUUGGCUGAAGACGGGUUUUUACCUCAGGAUGAUUCUCCAUUGGAAAUCGUACCUCGACCUCUAGAAACGUCUCAAGGUGAUCAUGCGUCUUCGUCUCAAUCUCAAGCUAAUCCUCCAACGGACAAUGCGUCUCAGCUGGAGAAUGCUACAUUUUCCUCCGCAGAUGCUUCCCCCGCAGAGGAUUCACCUCUGUCCGGAAACGAUUAAUCCGGUAUUCGCUCGGAAUGCGAUGCCGGAGCCAUCUUGUGCAAUUCUCUCACAAUCUAUUCUCAAUGAAUUGCUUCAGGGACUGGGUACGUCUUUGUUGGCCAAGUUAAGGAUAGUGUGCAGUGUAUUGCAGGUAAAUUCGAGGACACGGGUUCGCUUGGGAAAUGUGGCACGAGCGAGCUCAUGUCAUGCAUUGAGAAAGACGGGAGAUGGCAUGCCUGCAAUAUGGGCAUGGGGAUUGAUAUGGGUGCCGUUGACGGCAGUAAAGUCUGUGAGAAUGGAAGGUCGGCCUCAGAUAAUGAUUCUAAUGUUUCUGUUGGUCGAUUUGUUCUCUGGUUUUGAGAGUUAUUGCAUUUAUGAAUUGCUUUGAGCGGACUAUACUUUUGUUAGAUGAGUUUCACGACC